CAACACAAUCGUCACACGCCAAACACAGUGGCUCGCCUGUAAUUUAACGACACCCCGAGCCUCAUUUCUCUUCGUGCUCUCACUCUAUUUCCACUGUCUCUUUCCUUUGUACUCCCUAAAAGCACACAGAUAUCACAGUUCAGCUUCGCACUUCUCAUCUCCGAAACGCAGCGUUUCCCCGAUCCAAAAGCGACAAUGCAGCUCCGGCAAUAUCCGGCCAGGACCGCCGGAACUCUUCCUUUCCUUCUCCUCCUCGUCCUGGCCUUCUUCGCCACGGCCCACGCGCACAACAUCACGCGCAUCCUGGCCAAGUUCCCGGAGUUCUCUACCUUCAACCACUACCUGACGGUGACUCACCUCGCCGGUGAGAUCAACCGACGCACCACCAUCACCGUCUGCGCCGUUGACAAUGCCGCCAUGUCCUCCCUCCUCGCCAAGCACCUCCCGCUCUACUCCCUCAAGAACGUCCUCUCUCUACACGUCCUCCUGGACUACUUCGACGCCAAGAAGCUCCACCAGAUCACCAACGGCACAGCCUUAGCAGCCACGCUCUUCCAGGCCACCGGCUCCGCUCCAGGCUCCACCGGCUUCGUCAACAUCACUGACCUCAAAGGUGGAAAAGUCGGUUUUGCCCCCGAGAACAGUGAACUAAUCGACGCCUACUUCGUCAAGGGCGUGGAGGGAAUCAAAUAUAACAUCUCCGUCAUCCAGAUCAGCAAGAUCCUCCCGUCCGAAGUGGCCGCAGCUCCCACUCCGGGCCCCGCUGCCGUAAACCUCACCUCCGCCAUGUCCGCUCACGGCUGCAAGGUCUUCGCCGACACGCUGCUGACCAUCCCCGACGCUGAGAAGACAUUUCAGGACGGGGUUGACGGAGGUAUGACGGUGUUCUGCCCCGUCGACGACGUGUUCAAGGCGUUUCUGCCGAAGUACAAGAACCUGACGGCCAGCGGGAAGACGUCGCUGCUCGAGUACCACGGCGUUCCGGUGUACCAAUCCAUGGCGACGCUGAAGUCCAACAACGGCGUUAUGAACACGUUGGCCACCGACGGAGCGAAGAAGUUCGAUUUCACGGUACAGAACGACGGCGAGGACGUGACGCUGCAGACAAAGAUCGUGACGGCGAAGAUUACCGGCACGCUUCUCGACGAGGAUCCCCUUGCGAUCUACACGAUCAACAAGGUGUUGCUGCCGAAGGAGCUGUUCAAGGCCGAGGCCCCGACUCCGGCUCCGGCGCCGUCGCCUGACGAGGCAGCUGACGCGCCAAAGAGUAGCAAGAAGAAGAAGAAGGCAGCUUCGUCGCCGGCUGACAGUGCGGACUCGCCGGCCAAUUCCCCGGAUGAGGAUCCAGCGGAUCAGACCGCGGACGAGAACGGAGCCGUUAGAUUUGACGGAAAGGGAUUCGGAUCUUUGGUCCUCUGCGUGUGGCUACUAGUGGUUACAGUGCUGUAAGUCUUUUGUUUUUUUAUUUUUUUAAUUAUUUUUUUUGUUUGUACUUUUUCUGAGGAACCAAAUAAUUGAGAGGACAUUGUGGAGUAAUUUAAUUAGCUCUGUAAUAUGGAAAAAAAAAAAAAAAAAUU